AAAAGUCGAUGUCAACCGGCGGUCAAACCAGUAAAAAAGGACUGUACUCGACCAUUGACCUCCUGAACAAUCUAAACAGCACAGUUGUCGGUAGACAGUACUGGGAGAAUGCUCAAAUUUGGCAGCAACUUCAACGGCGCUCAAGGCUUCAACUUCAUCCACGGUUUCCGUCGUCUGGUAUUCUAUUCAACCUCAAUUUCAACCGAAUCCAACCCUGCAUUCGUUAAUUACUUGGUGGAAUCUCUAGGGUUUCCCACCCAACACGCUCUCUCCACUUCCGAUAAGCUCUCUCGCGUUCGUCAACAUCGAGGUGUGAAGAAGGUUGGUGAUUUCAAUUUCGUUGAAAAUGCUGAUUCCGUUAUUAAAUUCCUCACCAAAAUUGGAUUUGAACAUUCUCAUAUACGAAAUGUUGUUGUCUCUGCGCCAGAAAUUUUGCUGUGUAAUGUCAACAAAACCCUAAUUCCUAAGACCCAAACUAUUCACAAAAUGGGUAUUUCUGGGCCCGAUUUUAUUGAGGUUGUCAAGGUGAAUCCUUCAAUUCUUUUGUUGGCCUUGAAUUCCAAAGUUGUUCCUGCAAUCCAAGCUUUGAAGGAGAUUAUGGGUUGUGAUCUCCAUGUGAUUGCCAUUUUGAAGAAAUCACGUGGCAAGAGGUUUUAUUGUAUUUCUAGAAAUCUGGUACCAAAUGUAGCUUUGUUGAGGAAUUACGGAAUCCCCAUUGAAUCAAUCCAGAAAUACGUACUUAAGUUAUCAACCGCUCUUGUCCAGAAAACUGAAUUAUUAAAGGAUGUAGUGAUUAGGGUUGAAGAGAAGUUGGGGAUUCCUCGAGACUCUCCACAAUUCUUGUUUGGAAUCCAUUUGCUGUCCUCUCUUACCGAGAAGAAUAUUCAAUUGAAAAGGGAAAUUUUUAAGAAUUUCGGUUGGACUGAAUCUGAUGUUGUUACUCUUUUCAGAAAAUGUCCUACCUGCUUUGGGUUAUCUGUUGCUUCAAUCAAGAAAAAGUUGGAUUUUCUCAUGAACGAGCUGAAUUACGAGCCUAGUUUCUUGGCAAUGCAGAGUAACCUGUUAACUUGUAGCUUGGAAAAGAGAAUAGUGCCUAGACAUAAGGUCCUCCUAGUCUUGAAGGAGAAAGGUUUAAUCAAGAUAGAGUACUCUUUUAUAACUGCCGUAAAGCUGAGUGAGUCUCAGUUCUUGAAGAGGUUUGUGCUACCGUUUACAGAAGUCCAUGAAGUUUAUCGCGAACAUUCUGGCACUAGUUUGGAGGUGCUAACUCUAGGAUCAUCAAAACCAGAUUCCGAUGCCACUUCAUGUUAGGUAACUAGAUAAGUGUGCAGUUUAGGAUGCAACAUUCAAUAUUGCGACUUCAAUAUUUUUACCAAAAACCCACCACUGUCGUUACUGUAUUAUUGUAUACUGAUUUUUUCUGCUUAAAAGCUGUUUUCUUGUGUUAUUGUUUCUUGAAUGUACCUGUACUUUUUUCUGUUCA